AUGGUACAGUUUUGUUCGCUAAUUCUUGCAUUAACGACGAUUACCGUCGUUUUGACGCCUUCUUAUGCUUGGUGGAGCCGUAGGAGAAGGAGUUGUUCGGCCGUUCGUUGUCAAGUUAGUAACUGGAGCUCUUGGAGCUCCUGUACUCGAUCUUGCAACGGAGGAAUUCGUACACGUACUCGGAGGAAAACUGUUACAGAAUCCUGUGGAGGAAGUUGCCCAUACCACCUGUCAAACACGAUGAAUUGUAAUACACAAUGUUGUCCUGUUGACUGUAUUUACACCUGGGGUGCCUGGAGUGCAUGUACAGGCUGCGGGAAUUCUACGCAAUCGCGGUCCACAAAUAUUAUACGACAGAGCUCUUGCAACGGGACGGCUUGUCCUGCGAAGGAAACACAGUCCUUGUUAGCUGUAGUCGCUGUCAUUUUGACGCCUUCAAACUCUUGGAGACGUCGUAGAAGACGGCGGUUUAUCUGUAAGCCUACGGACUGUAAGUUAAGCCAGUGGAGUGCUUGGGCCGCUUGCAGCCGUACUUGCAAAGGGGGCACAACUACGCGCACUCGCAAAAUAGUGAGUGACGCGUCUUGUGGAGGAAGUUGUCCUUCGCACCUGCUGAACGAAACGAGAAGCUGUAAUAUACAGCAGUGCUGUCCAGUCGACUGUGCUUACUCCUGGAGUGCAUGGAGUGCAUGUUCUGGAUGCGGAAUCUCAACCAAAUCUCGGACCCCAUUCAUCAAAGUGCGCAAUUCGUGUAAUGGAAAAGCUUGUCCAGGAAAGGAAACACAGUCUUGUAAAACUGGAAAGUGA